AUGGCUACUGCUGUUCGUGCCCCAGCGGUCCCGCGAAUCUUUCCUGCAGUUCCAAAACUUGUCCCUGCGGUGCCACGAAUUCUGCCUAAGACUUGCUCUGCUACAGUCCCGGGAAAGAAUCAAGAGUCAAGCGACGACUCGGGAUCUUCAACCCUUGAUGCACAAUCAGCACUCUCGGCUAAUGACUCGCAGUCUUCAUCAUCUUCAAGGCUACCGGCAGAUGAACCAAGCCUCCUCGGCCAAAACUGCAAGUUCCCACAGCUUCGUAAGCGAAUGAUCGACUUUACGGACACAGAAGCCAUCCAGCAUGCCCUUGGAAUCCACUCGACCGAGCAAGGGGUUUCCGAUAUCGUAAUCUUCCUGGAUACUCGCGACCUCUAUACUCUAAAGGAUGGUCCAGGGGCGAAUGCGGAUAAUCUUAUGAAGCAAGUACAAUUCCAUCAUUACCGAAUUAAGGAGCAUGGCCAUAUGAAGAACAAGCAUUAUAUAGGCCACCCUGAGCGCUUCGAAUGGGGUACCACUAUGUGGGUCAGCAAGGAAGAAAUGAAGGACACCAUCGUCAAGUACUUCACCCCUCGCACCGAUGAGGCGGACAAGGAGUCGGACCUACGACCAGUCCUUUUUCUAGGCCACGCACUUGGCAAUGACGAGAAGGAACUGAAGAAGGGCCUCGGCUUGGACCUGGCUGAUCUCGGAACCAUCGUUAAGAGCGUGGACACAUAG